AUGCGCUGCACAGGUACUGCUUUGCUGCGGCACGGCAGCAAGGCUUUGAAAUGCUCGCCCUCUCGUUACACGCUGACUCUGACCUGCGGUGAAAGAGCUACUCGCCUCUAUUCAGUGUCACACUCCUUCUUUCCCCAGCUGUGGUGCCGCUUUCACUCAUUACUACUCUCUGCCAUUUUAUCCUCGUCUUUUUCUUUUAGCAACAAUGCACAGUCAUCAUCAAUGAAAUCUCUUUUCCACCCGUCGCUGGCGGUCCUCGGGCCGGUGUUUGCGAUCCCUUUAAAGCAACAGAAGAUUGAUGAAGUUGUCCGCGUCGAUCAUGCAGGUGAGGUGGCCGCUGUGCGUAUUGCGAGGCACCAGCUUGAGUGGAUGUCGCCACUGGACGAUGCGUUCCCAAUCACGCAAGAAAUCCUGGACGACGAACUUGUCCACCAGCGAGUGAUGUCUGAGCUUGCCGAGCGGCACGGUGUGCGGACCACUUCGCUUGAUCCCCUUUUCAAACUCGGAGCAUUUGCCUUGGGUGCCGGGACGGCGGCGCUAGGCAAAUGCGCGAUGAUGUGCUGCCAUGCGGCUGUUGAAGCCACCAUUUUUGAACACUAUAAUGAUCAGCUCCGCGAGCUCCAGGUGCUCGAGGACAAGUGCUCCGAUAUCAAAGAGAGCGAGGCCGAGAAGACGGCCUGGGCGGAUGUUAAAAACUACAUUGUGAAGUUUAGAGAUGAGGAGAAGCAUCACCAAGAGCUAGGGGAACAGAACGGUGCUGAUCAAGCUCCUGUCUAUCCGCUUCUCUACAAUGGCAUUCGACUUGCCUGCAAAGUUGGCGUUGCGUGCGCCAAGCGUAUCUGA